AUGUCGCCCUCCCAGGUCACACCUCAGCAGCCAGAUGACAUUCCCCCCAAUGAGAAGAGUCAGUAUCGGAUGAUCAAGGAAGCUGGAUUCAACGGCAUGCAUGACUUCAUGUUAUCUCACGAAUUGGAACCGUACAAUUUUGGGGACUACGAUGAAGCGAACCAGAUUAUAGACACCAUGAGACGGUAUGACCAGGAGUAUUGGGAAGCCGAGCAGCAGGAAAGAUCUCAAGAGCAAUACGAGGAUCAUGAAGAAGAACAAGCGAGCUCGACUCGGAAGCCGGAUGAACAAGAGUAUAUGGGUUGGGAUGAAGGACCAAUUCCAAUCUAUCACGACCAGUAUGAAGGUUAUGAGGGAGGCCAGAGCCACUACGAAUACGAGGAUUGCGAGGCAGACGUUAGUGAGCCGCUCCAGGAGUACUAUGACCAUCCAGACUGUGGAAUGGAUGAUGGGUUCUAUGAUGACUAUUAUGAUUGA